GAAAUGUCUGUGCAAUCGUUAGUAACCAAGAAGCGAAGAGAAUUUAUCGGCCUUCCGGCACCUUUAGGCUAUGCUGCUGGUAUCGGUCGCGGAGCUAUCGCCUUUACAACAAGAUCGGAUAUAGGUCCUGCUCGUGAGGCCAAUGAUGUUUCUGACGAACGGCACGUUGCCCCCUCUAAACGCAGGAAGGAGCAGGAAGCCGAGGAGGAUGAGGAUCUGAAUGAGUCUAACUAUGAUGAGGUAAUCUCUAGUGCGCGGACUUGA